AUGAUGGCACACUGGACGCCGUCGUUCGUCUCGGUGCUGCAGCGACCGCAACGCGCCAGGCAGCUACUUGUGCGGUCCUUUGCCCAUCGAGUGAAUAUGGUGUUGAAGGAAGACGUGGCGAACCUCGGAUCUCGCGGUGACGAGGUGUCGGUGAAAGCGGGUUACGCACGUAACUUUUUGUACCCCGAGAAGCUAGCAGUGUACGCCACAGCAGCCAAUCGCGAGAAGUUCAAAGUCGACAGGGAAUCAGUGGACGAUUCGCUGCUGGAGAAAGAUUAUGAGCUGGAGGCUAUUGUCUACCAGCUGAGUAACAUUGAGGUGGUUUUCAAGCGCCACACGGCCAGCAAGGCCGACGUCAAGCUGCACAGCGAGGUGAACGCUCAAAAUAUCUCGGAUAUGCUGGAGAAACAGCACGGUCUCAUUGUGGGUGUCGCCCGCAUUGAUCUACCGACACCGAUCAAGACGCUGGGUGUGCACACGGUAAAAGUUCGCGUUGAUGAUGCGAUCGAAGAGGAGUACGCUGCUGGCGCGGUGGUGUCGGCGGUAGAAGGCGAGGCGGAGAGCGAUCUGGAGGACGAGGACAAGAAGCAGAAGAAGGGACCGUCCAAGAAGAAGUGGGCGAGUCUUGAUAUUCGAAUCGAGCGACGGUAG